AUGUAAAGUUUAGAGGGAUAACUGUCUUCACUGCUAAAUGCAGUCAGCAAGCAUCUAGCAACCGUUUUUGAAUUUUUUAAAAAUUAGGAGCAUACUGGCAACUUUUGAUAAACAGGAUUAUAGCUAUCCUUGGUAAACUCUUGGAAACUGCCUGGAUUUAAGGCCAGUAACUGCUGCGUGAGUCAAUCUCCAACCAGGUAAAAAUAUCGAGGUUGGCUUGGCUUUGUUUUUUUAAAGAGCAUAUUAUUGUACUUUGUCUGGAAAAAUGACUUAAGCUAGACUUAAAAUUUACGAGAGAGGGAGGCAGUCCAGCGCGCAGAGGAAGUGGUGGCCAGCCUCGGCCACGCCCGAUAGCGCAGCCUUCCGGGCUUUGUGACUUCGCUCGGGAGUCUAGGGGCCAACUGCGCCACUAGAAGGCGCCGGGCUCUUCGAAAGGCCGGGCCUCAGGGUGUUGUGCGUGGGUGUGACGUCACUUCAUGCGCCGCCUCCUGUUGCCGGGCAGCAAUGGAGGUUACUCUGGAGUCCUCCGUGGAGGACCCAAUGCGGAACUUCGUGCGGAUUUUGGAGAAGACAGAUGGUACGGUUCUGCGGCUGCAGCAGUAUGGAUCCGGCGGCGUGGGUUGCGUAGUUUGGGACGCUGCCAUUGUCCUUUCUAAAUACCUGGAAACGCCCGGGUUUUCCGGCGAUGGGGCCCACGCGCUGAGCCGGCGGUCGGUGCUGGAGCUGGGCUCCGGCACCGGGGCCGUGGGGCUCAUGGCUGCUACCCUCGGGGCAGAUGUUGUAGUUACCGAUCUUGAGGAACUGCAAGACUUGCUGAAGCUGAAUAUUAAUAUGAACAAGCAUCUUGUCACUGGUUCUGUUCAAGCCAAGGUACUGAAAUGGGGGGAAGAAAUAGAAGACUUGACUUCUCCACCAGACUACAUAUUGAUGGCCGACUGCAUAUACUACGAAGAGUCUUUGGAGCCGCUGUUGAAAACUCUAAAAGAUCUCAGUGGACCUGAGACUUGUAUUAUAUGUUGUUAUGAACAGCGAACAAUGGGAAAAAAUCCAGAAAUCGAGAAAAAAUAUUUUGAGCUCCUUCAACUAGACUUUGACUUUGAAAAAAUUCCUUUGGAAAAACAUGAUGAAGAAUAUCGAAGUGAAGAUAUUCAUAUUUUAUACAUCAGAAAGAAAAAAUCGAAAUUUUCAUCAUGAAGUCUUUAAUCAUCUUACCCAAGCCUCUAACAACCUGGGUAAGCUAAAGAUGUGAAUGGAGCAUGUGAAUAUAGCAUGGGAAGAUUGUGUUCACAGAUUUUUCCAGCAUGUCCUUAAAGAUCUGAUAUUUAGACGACAACCAUCAUGGGCUGCAGCAAAACGAAAAAUGACCACCUGCCUGCCUGCCAAUCGGCCUGAAAUCCAACUUAAUUUACUUUUAGCUCAACAUUGAGUUCUGCUUAUUGUGUAUUAAUCAUUCCUCAAAUAAAAAUAGGUAUUGAGGUUAGCAUAAAGUCAGCCAAAGAUAAACAGUGAAGCAGCAUGAUUGAUUUGGUUUAUUUUCAGGAAAUUAGAGAUACAUUUUAUUUAAUUUCCAAAGAAAAAUAUCUGUUGCUAUAUAAUAAAGUUUAAAUUCAAACCAGUAAAUUUUAGUUUGUCUUCAAAAUAGGUAAAUCUAAAAGGUUUUCCUUUUAACAUAAUUAUGGAGUAGUUUUUAUCAUAUGUGUGUUUCUCAUUGAUUUUAUGAUAGCUUUAAUACUUAAAUGUUCUUGCCCAUUAAAAAAACUGAAAAUGUUUUGUAUACUUACAUUGACCAAAGUUUUAAUCUUUUCUUCCACCAUACAUGUCUAUAUGAGUUAGAUAGUAAAUUGUACUAUAGUGAGUUGGUAAAUGAAAUCAGGAGAUUAUGAGGGGUGGGAAGCCAUCAUUAUAAAAUUUUUUCAUAUGAGAAUGAGUGAGAAUAAAAAGCCCAUUUUCAGGCUCUUGCA